UUACAUUACGGCAUAACUUAGUCUACUGUCUAAGUGAAGCGCUGUUUGUACGAACAUGGUUUCUCUUCUCCUUCCCGUCCUGCUCGGCUUGUGCUGUGGUGCGGAUCGGGUGGACAUCGUAACUUUUAACACUGGACUCACCCCGCGGGUGGGGCAUUAUGAGGAGAGGCGGCAGGAAGUGGGUGCGGCCAUCCGGGCCCUGGACGCGGAGGUUGUCUGUCUACAAGAGGUCUGGUAUUCCGAUGACAUGGAGAGAAUCCUUAAUGCUGCCGGCGAAGACUUCCUAUUCACGUAUAGCGCUCUCCACAACUCCGCUGGCACGCUGGGGCCAACGCCUGCCAUGGACGCUCCGUGUAUGACGCUCGGCUUUACCACGGAGUUCAUGCCCUGUCUGAUGGCUCACUGCAUGCACGCGGAUGGAGAGAUGGCGCUGUUGACGUGUGCCCGGGACACGUGCCACCUGUUUGAGACGCUUGAACAGCCAUGCAUAACGUGCCUCGCCCUGUCCGGCAUCGAACAUCUAAUGUCAAGGUGCGUAGAGAAUGUUGGCUCCCGGUUCAAUGUUCCGGGUCUUCUAUUGCUAAGCAGACUUCCGCUACGGCACGUGCGCAUGCACAGAUUCUUUGAUGGCGCACAAUUUAUUCCCCGGGGAUACAUUACGGCGGAGGUCGAGGGAGUAGGUACAAUCGCCUGUACCCACACAACAGCAGACCUGGGCCCGCCUUACUUCGCAGGUCUCGAGUUCGGAAGUUGGCGUGAGCAGAACCUGGCUGAGUUACGACAGCUGGUGGAGGUCCUGAAGGAGGCGCCCCAAGCCGUCAUUAUGGGCGACCUGAACGCCGGGCCUUACAUACCCGCCACGCACGUACAGCCAGAGAUCCAAGAGUCUUUCUGGUACGCACUGCGGCACCGGUACGCGGAUUUGUUCACUGAAACCAUGGGGCUGUGUACGUGGUGCUGCUACAACCCAUUGUCUGGCGCCAGACGGAACCUCCUCCUAGACCACGUGCUUGUCAGGAACCUCACCGCCAUCGCCGCUACCAGAGUGCUUGACAACAAUCUCCCGGGAAAGACGUUUCCGGCCUCCGACCAUUUCGGGAUCCGGUUGACACUGUAUAGGCGGUAGACGAUGGAAAUAAUACACAUUGUAAUUGAUGCAUCGAUUAUCAACAGAUUUACAUGAACUGUAUGUGACUUAUGUGACAAAUGUUUGUAUAUAUAAGGUUUGUUAAAUGUCUAAAUGCAAAAUAAAGUAACA